UUUUUUUUUUUUUUUUUGUGGUUUUCCUUGCUUACUCUGUAUAUUUAUACUCUCUUGUUUAUAGUUGUGUAAUGGAACUAUAACGUUACCUGACUGAUCUUAUUUUGUUGAAUUGUGUAAUAGUCUUAUUUAAGCUUUUGGCGAGGAUACACAAUUUCCUUUUUCAUAUCAUAUUGGUGGAAAUAUCUAUUGGAUAUUUGGGUGGUGAAGUUACAGUGGAAGUUAGAGUGGCUUCUCCAGCACACUAUUUGUUGAAAAUUGAGUCUUUCUCCCUACUUUUAGAGAGUGGCGUUGAAAAGUUUGAAUCAAAUGAAUUCGAGGCUGGUGGUUAUAAAUGGAAAAUGAUCAUUUAUCCUGAUGGAAAGGGCAGCGAUAAAGGAAGUGAACAUGUUUCAGUUUACUUGGCCCUUUCGGGGACAAGUUUCCUACCUGCUGGUUGGGAGGUCAAUGCUAUAUAUAACUUUUUUCUGUUCAAUCAACUCUCUGACAAUUAUCUUUCAGUGCGAGGAAAAAUGCGGCGCUUUGAUCCUAUCAAGUCCUUGUGGGGACUUCCCAAAUUUGUGUCUCACAAAACAUUCAAAGAGGCCUCAAAUGGAUACCUUGUUGAUGACAAAUGUGUGUUUGAAGCAGAAAUAUUUGUCAUCCAAAGACAAGAAAUCAGUGAAUGUUUGUCCAUGGUAAAAUCUAACGACUCAUUUAAGAGUGAAUGGAAGAUCUGUAAUUUCUCCAAUCUUGACCAAGAUUGGUUUUCUGAAAAAUUUACUGUGGGAGGUUAUAAAUGGAAGCUCUGGUUAUGUAAGGGAAGUGAUAUCUCAAUAUUCUUAAAAUCUGUUGAUGCUAAGGACUUUGAUCACUGUCAAAAAGUGAAGGCAAAGUGCAGCAUUUGCCUCAAAGAUCAGAUAAAUGGUGAAUGCGAGAAGCUAUCUUAUUGGAAUUGGUUUUCAACUACCGUGAAGUCUUGGGGUUAUCCAGCUUUUAUGCCUUUAAUUGAGAUGCAUGAUCAGAAAAAGGUUAUCGUGUCAAUGAUUGUAUUGUGGUGGAGGCUGAGGUGGAAGUUGUGUUUAAGCAUACCGUAAAGAGCUUAUCUUGACUUGAUUUACAGCUUAUUAGUAGCUUGGGGUCUCUCCACAUAGUAGUUACUGUCCCAGGCAGAUAAAUACUUACCUGCACACCCAACCAAUCACUUUGGCUUUAGUUAACUAUAAAUUAAAGUAAGAAUGCAUAUCACUUGGUCAUGGUUAAGUGAUAAAUUUUGUAUAUGAAGACACUUGUCUUGCCCUUAUUUAGUUUGAUGUAAGCACUCGGUGCAGUAAGUUUUGCCCUUCUUCCAUGGCCCCUCUAUGUUAUUGGGGUUGUCAAUCGCCCAUUUAAUAUCCAACUGUAGUUAACUUGUAUUAUCCGGUGAAUGCCCUGUUUUCCCCCUUCUACCAGAUGAACAAAUCGUUUGGCCACAAUUUUUGUC